AGAUAAAAACUACAGACUACUCGGCUUGACAAAACAUAUGCAACCAACAUGCCUCCACUCUGGUAGUGACUGCCAUGUUCACCGCCCGCAAUCGUCCGAUGGCACCGCGCAGACCACUUUCUUGGCAAAAACUCUCGGCAACAUAGGCAUGCGGUGCAUAUUUGAUCACGGGUUGGCGGAAAUUCCAGUGGCAGCAUUAGGAAUACUUGAAACUCUGUUUUUGCAUUUUAUUAUUUGUAUCAUAUUUAAGUAGACUUAACGUAUCCUUUGCAUAUAUAAUAGUAUUAUCUUAGCUUGUAAUAUAUUUUUUUUGUUAUACA